AUGGCCUUUAGAAAGUGGCUAGACGACAGCAGGAAGAAGUUCCUGUGCAAGGGAGCGGUGCUCAAAGAGCACAUCAAGCAGAAAUGGAACCAUUUUUGGGAUAUUUCCCACAGCGUGAGCCACACGCCUGUUGAACCGAGCUCCAGUGAGGAGGAGGAGGAGGAGGAGGAGGAGGAGGAAGAGGAUGACAACGACGACGACUAG